AGGCGGCAGACCCGGCGGCCGGGCUCAGCGCGCAGAGGCGGGACAGCGGGGUGGCAGCCGGCGCGGGCCAUGGCGGGCUGCUGCGCGGCGCUGGCCGCCUUCCUGUUCGAGUACGACACGCCGCGCAUCGUGCUCAUCCGCAGCCGUAAAGUGGGGCUCAUGAACCGGGCCGUGCAGCUGCUCAUCCUGGCCUACGUCAUCGGGUGGGUGUUUGUGUGGGAAAAAGGCUACCAGGAAAUGGACUCUGUGGUCAGCUCAGUUACUACCAAAGCCAAAGGCGUGACUGUAACCAACACUUCUACACUUGGAUUCCGGGUCUGGGAUGUGGCGGAUUAUGUGAUUCCAGCUCAGGAGGAGAACUCCCUCUUCGUCAUGACCAACUUGAUCACCACCAUUAACCAGACACAGGGCCUCUGUCCCGAGCUUCCAGAUAAGACCACUGUGUGUAAAUCAGAUGCCGACUGUGCCGCUGGCUCUUCAGGCGUCCACAGCAACGGAAUUGCAACAGGAAGAUGCGUGUCGUUUAAUGGGACUGUGAAGACGUGCGAGGUGGCGGCCUGGUGCCCGGUGGAGGAUGACACACCUGUGCCUGAACCUGCUUUUCUAAAAGCUGCAGAAAACUUCACUCUUUUGGUCAAGAACAACAUCUGGUAUCCCAAAUUUAAUUUCAGCAAGAGGAAUAUUCUUCCCAACGCCACCACUACCUACCUCAAAUCCUGCAUUUAUGACGUCAUAACAGAUCCCUUCUGCCCCAUAUUUCGUCUUGGCAAAAUAGUGCAGGAUGCAGGACAUAGCUUCCAGGACAUGGCCGUCGAGGGAGGCAUCAUGGGCAUCCAGAUCAACUGGGACUGCAACUUGGACAGAACUGCCUCCCUCUGCUUGCCUAGGUACUCCUUCCGCCGCCUGGACACCCGGGAUGUGGACCACAAUGUGUCCCCUGGCUAUAAUUUCAGGUUUGCCAAGUACUAUAGCGACCCGACUGGCACCGAGCACCGCACACUCAUCAAGGCCUACGGCAUCCGCUUUGACAUCAUAGUGUUCGGAAAGGCUGGGAAAUUUGACAUCAUCCCCACCAUGAUCAACAUUGGCUCUGGUUUGGCGCUCCUAGGGGUGGCCACAGUGCUGUGUGACGUCAUAGUCCUCUACUGCAUGAAGAAAAGAUUCUACUACCGGGAGAAGAAAUACAAGUAUGUGGAGGAUUACGAGCAGGGGCUUGGCGGUGAGAUGGACCAGUGAUGUGUCCUCCACACCUGGGCUCCCCACGGCCCUCACCAGAGCACAGUGAGGAGAAAAGGCUGCUGUUGUCACCCCAGAGAAGGUUCCAGAUUCUGAGUCUGCCUCCACUGCACAAGAACUUCACAGUCGCCCAGCUGCUCCAGUGUUUUGUGUGUAGGGCGUGCAUAGUAAACCACCCUACACAGUGGGUCACCUCAACUCUGGGUUGCUGGGGCGACCUCUGGCCCCAGGGCCAUGGGGCUACUGCUGCUGCAGGGCCGGGGCCUCCCACAGGGCAACCUUCCUCAGGGGCUCCCUGAGACAGGUCCAGCUGGGGCCCAGCGAGACAGGUCCAGCUGGGGCCCAGCAGCUCUGUUCAAGCACUUUAUAAGGGAAGGAAGGUCACCAGGUGUGUCACUGGCUCUUGAUCACACGGGCCGCCAUUCCUCCCCCACAUCCAUUCUGUCACAGAGUUAGCACGUCCCCUCGAGAAGAGGCAUGUGGAGGUGAUAGAGGACCAAACAUUAAAACGAUUUUUUCAAUCUUU